AUGGGAGAAUGUCAUUUCCUACACAAUUUCACAUUUGAUGAGGGCAGCGCUUGUUGGAAAUUUGUCCAGCAUCGUGUACUCCCUCCUGCAUGCCUGCCAGAAGACAUUCCAGCAGAUGUUGGUACCGCUUUCGAGGUGAUCAAGAGAGAUGAAUGGAUUCUGAGAGGGGGCCUUCGAGCUGGUAUAUCACUCACUCUACCAACACUGCAUCAAAUCAUGGCAGCAAUCAAGUGCCCAAAGCCAACAAAAGGCACUGGAAAAAAUGGCCGUGUGAAGAAAGUUGACAUAGUCACUGCUUUGGUUCAGUACUUGUGGCCAGACGCUGGUGAAGACUUUGUCAAGGACACUGUUGGCAAAGUCAUGGGUUAUGCUACCAGCACUGAAGACAUUGACCUGUCAGUGUUGUGUAUGGUUUCAGAGUUGGACACUGACAAUCAGGAAUCUUUUCAGAGACUCAAAACACAAGCCGCGCGACGGAUAGAUCGGUCACUCUAUGGCAAGGGACGGGAAGCUGGAAUCCGUGCUGCAAAAAAAGAGCUUGGGACUGACAAGGCGGCUGCGUGUAAAGUUGAUGAAGCAGCAGCGGAGAAGGGCAAAAAAUUGGUGGAAAACAACCUUGAGAAGGAGAAGAAAGAAAAUAUCAGACAGUGGAACCUCACACCUCCAGAGCUGAAACUACUUCUACCUGGAAAUGGGGAUGUCAUCGGCCUCCUGAACAAGAACUACGAGACCACAUUGCAACCCUGGGCAUUGAAGAAACGUGAUCUGAGCCCUGGAAGUUUGCAGCCUUCACCGCUACAGUAA